CGGAAACAUAAAUGUCAAUGAGACAAAGGCAGGAGGGUAAUAUGGAGAUUUCAUAACAUCAUGGUCCUACUUAUACAUCGCCGGAUAAACCCUAAUUGGACCAAGCGUUUUGUGGCUUUCGUCUGAGAGAAGAAGCAAAGAAGCUGAGCACAGACCGCCUCCACAACCACCUCCGCCACCAUGGGUCGCAUGCACAGUCACGGGAAGGGUAUCUCUGCAUCAGCUUUGCCUUACAAGAGAACUCCUCCCAGUUGGCUCAAGAUCUCUGCUCAGGAUGUUGAUGAAAACAUCUGCAAAUUCGCGAAGAAAGGUAUGACGCCGUCACAGAUCGGUGUCAUCCUUCGUGACUCUCACGGUAUAGCUCAGGUCAAGAGCGUCACUGGAAGCAAGAUCUUGCGUAUCCUCAAGGCACACGGGCUUGCGCCUGAGAUUCCUGAGGAUCUCUACCAUUUGAUCAAGAAGGCCGUCGCAAUUCGCAAACAUCUUGAAAGGAACAGGAAGGACAAGGACUCUAAGUUCCGAUUGAUUCUCGUUGAGAGUAGGAUUCACCGACUCGCUCGCUACUACAAGAAGACUAAGAAGCUCCCUCCAGUCUGGAAAUACGAGUCUACCACUGCUAGCACGCUCGUGGCUUAGGCGAUGAUGCUACCUGGAUAAGUUUUGGGACUAUCAUAUGUAUGCUUUCUUGAGUGGGCAAGAUUGUUUUCCCUUAGGUUGGAAAAAUAUUUGUCAAAUUAGAGUUUUAAUCUUAUUAUGUUGCUUGACAGUGAAAGAAAGAACAAAAUAUUUCUAAUGUUUUGAUCAAUGUUUUUUCUUGUUGGCUUUCAUGCAUUUUGAAUUCAGUCCUAAGUUUACUCCAGUAUUCCAUAGAGGAUUUAGUAUUGCCUGGUAGUUUGAUGACCUUCAUUGAAAAUCAUUUCCUGUGAAUAGAU